UGGCUAUCAGAGAAGUUCUGCAGUGAAACAUUUACUGCUUACGGCUAAGUUAACGACAAGUGUCUGGCAAGCCUUGGCUGGAUAAUACUUGCGUGCAAGUUGAUGCAAAUCUACGACAGCCAUCUGAAUGUAAUUCGACAGAAGAAUUUGCCGUUAAUUUGAAGUGAAACUUUCAAUCAACUUAACGUCAUUGUCUGACAGUAACACAUGUAAUCAAAUUGAAUUCAAGUUCACAGACAAUUUACUGUCAACUUGAAGAUAACUGCUUGCUCUCCAACACUUACUUUCCUUUAAGGCUGGGCCGUACUAAACGAAUUUUUGAAUUUUACUUUUCUUUUAAUUAAUAAAUUAAUUGUUAUUACAGAGAUUUUUAUAGCUUCCGACAAAAUAUAUAAGACAAACUUUUUCGCAAAGUUUUCAUCAUUCGAGUGACGUAAUUAUUAAAGAUGUAAUUAGAAAAGUAAAAUUCGAAAAUUCGGUUAGUACGGCCCAGUCUUAAGUUACCUUUAGAAUACGGCAGUAGCUUAUAGUUAUAUAACUCACAGUUAGGGUGGCUGUCAGGUUAUUAUUUUUAAUUUUUAAUAAAUUAUAUAAUGAUUCUUCUUGAAAUCAUAAUUAUUUGUAUUUUAAUAUUUGUAUUAAUUUUCUUAAUCUUUUGUACAUUUUUGUAUAUAAAUACAUCACGAUAUCCUAAAAUUAUACGAUAUGAAGAAGAAAAAUAUUUUUUAAAUCCUAAGACUGGUAAAAGAGAAGAGUUUCCUUCUCUUUCUGAUGCAUUUAGUUUACAUCUUAGUGUUAUUGUUCCUGCUUACAAUGAAGAAAAGCGACUUAUACCCAUGCUGGAUGAAUGCCUAGAAUUUUUAGAAAAUCGAAGAAAAUUAGGAUUAACUUAUGAAAUAAUUGUUGUAAGUGAUGGAAGUACAGACCAAACUGUAAAAGUUGCUCAGAAUUAUGCUACAAAGUAUGAUUCUAUAAGAGUAUUGGAGCUAGUCAAAAAUAGAGGAAAAGGAGGAGCUGUAAGACUAGGUAUGCAAAGUGCUCGCGGGAGUUUACUUUUGUUUGCUGAUGCUGAUGGCGCUACAAAAUUUAAUGAUCUUGAAAAACUUGAAGAAAGUAUCAAAGAGAUUUUAAGUUGCGAUUAUAAAGAAAAUCCUGAAAAAGUUGCUAAGGCUCAUGCUGUUAUUUGUGGGUCACGAGCUCAUUUAGAAGAAGACGAAACAGCACAUAGAUCUCUUUUUCGGUUAUUUCUUAUGCAUGCAUUUCACUUUUUGGUAUGGUCACUAUGCGUUCGUCUUGUACGUGAUACUCAAUGUGGUUUUAAACUUUUGACUCGUGAAUCGGCUAAAGUAUUAUUUAAUGCCCUUCACGUUGAGCGAUGGGCAUUCGAUGUUGAAAUGCUUUACAUAGCACAAACUUUGAAUAUUCCUAUUACAGAAAUUGCUGUGAAUUGGACUGAAAUUGAAGGUUCUAAAAUUGUCCCUUUCUGGAGUUGGUUAGAAAUGGGAUGUGAUCUAUUAUUAAUUUGGUUGCGUUAUACAAUAGGUGCAUGGAAAAUAAUUAGACCUAAAACACUAUAAACCAUUGCAUUAUAAUUAAAAAAAAAAUUAAAUUUAUUGAAAAAUUAAAACUUCAAAUUAAUAUUUUUUUCUACUCCUAAUGUCUUUUAGCAAUAAAAACACGAUAUUUUUACGGUAUUUUUUAGAUUUCAUACCAACUGUGAAUAAUAUAUAAGUCAAAUUGGCGUUUCAAAAAUUUCUUUUUGAAUUUUUUUGUCAAAUUUCAUUAAAAUUUGAACGGUUAUUCUAUAACCGACAGUUGCGUAAAAACAUAUCCACGGACAAAAUAUCUGCGGAAAUAAUAUCCGAUGAAUAAAAUAUCUACGGACAGAAUAUCCUAAAAAUGAACAUACCAAAGAUAUGAAUUCAUGAUAUCAAUAUUUUCAUAGUUAAAAUAACAGUAAAAAAAAAGUUAUUAAAAUUAUAUUUUCAUAAACAUUUAUGAUUUAAUUCAUCAAAUACUUAAUGCGAAAAUACAUAUAAUUAAUACAUAUAUAAAAAGGUGUAAAAUAUAGCACUUUUUUUUACGAAUUAAUGACAAAAAAGCGUCACAUCAAUUUCUAUCGACAAAUAUUUGAUCAAUUGAAUUUUUUUAGGGAUAUUUUGUCUACAGAUUUUUUGUCCGCGUAUAUUUUGUCGCAUAUAUUUUUUAUCAACGGAUAUUUUUUUGCGGAUAUUUUAUCCACAGAUAUCUAAGCGUAUGUCACCAUAACCAAUAGUGCCACUUUAACGUUAUAGUGAUAAUCAAUGAAGCUCUAUGAUUUGCCAAAUUCAUAUCGGAGUAUGCGUUCGUUGUCUGGUGUCUGUUUACUAAACAACGUAUCAUUACUAUUGAAAAGAUUCAACGGAAAUUUCGUAAAUGUUUACGCUACUUUAUGCGAUUAGAGCAUGUAAGUAACAUCAGCGACAUAUACCACCAAUUUUAGAUCAGUAGUUUAAUUAGUUGCAGACAAGAGGCUGCACUGUCUUACCUGAUUAAAGUAGUUAUCGGACUGGUAAAUGCGCCUGAAAUUACGGUUGACUUUGGUUUUAUUUUCUCGAAGACUGAUCUAAGAACAAGAAGGCUACUAUCGGUUGAAAGGUCAAAUAAAAAUUAUGUCAACCAUGGACUUAAAAAUACAAUUGCCAGGUUCAUAAUCAACGCUACUAAUAUAAACUUCUUUGGAGAAUCCCUCUAGUCGUUUUCAGCUGUUGUAAAAAAAAUCACUAUGUAGUAGUUGAUUCUACGUUGUAAAAUUCAUACACUGUAAAAAAAUCAGGAGUGAAUCUAGAAUAGAGUGAAUACGAAUUUUAUUUCAAUCCGAAUUCACUCCAUUACUCAGAGUUUCAGAGUUUAAAAAAGAAAAAUCACUCUGCAUGUGGAAUGAAUAGCGAUAUUUUUUUGAGUGGAGUAAUUUUGGAGUGACGUGGAUUUCAUUUCAAUCCAUAUUCACUUCGAUUCGGAGUAUUAACAAAUAAAUUUAUACUUAAUAGAAACAACUUUUUUAUGAUAAAUUUAAUUAUUUUAAUAAAUGAUUGAUUCGGGUAUUAAUAAUUAAACAUAUUACAUUAUUUUUUUAAUUUAUAAAAUGUUAUA